UCUAGCUUCAGCACUGCGCGAACACUCCCGACCUCUUCCUCUUCACACCCUCGAACCACGCCCUCGACACUCGCAAACAUGUCGGUCCCAUCGCUUGCCCCCUACAUCAUGAAGCGGCCGUGGCUGCAAAAGUGGAUGAAGCCCCUGAGCCAGUGGUACUUCGACAACGCAGGAUACCGGAAGUUGGGACUCAGGGCCGAUGACCUGAUCCCGGAGGAGAGCCCAGAGGCACAGCUUGCGCUCAAGCGUCUAUCACCCAAGGAGGCCUACGACCGUGUCUUCCGCAUGCGACGAGCAUUCCAGUGCUCGCUCGCGCAUCAACUUCUCCCGAAGCAUGAAUGGACCAAGCCGGAGGAUGACUAUCCAUACCUCUCCCCAAUCAUGAAGGCGAUCGAGAUGGAAGCAACAGAGCGCGAGGAUCUCGAGAACAUGCAAAUCACCAAGCCAAAGGCCAAAUAGACGUUCGACAGCAAGGAACAAGGGGAAGUGGAGGUUGGCGCACGAUCAGUUGUGUACAUAUUGCAGCGCGCAGAAGUUCACAGCUGCUACAUGGCUUUUGCUGGGUGUAGCAUAGAGCAGGAGAAUGGGUGUACCAAUACUACCUGAUGAAAGACCCCUCGGUCCUCGUUUCCAUACAGCCGUGCGCUCCUCCUGAAAAGAUCAUGUCGCAAUGGUUCCAAGCUACGGCAUGCACGAGGCGGAGCGUCGCCUUCAAUCUCUG